GAAACUAAGAGUUGUCUGUAAUUGUUGGAUAUUAUGUUCGUGUGUUUAAGGUUAACUACCCAUGUAGAUAUUCAUGAUACCGUAGCAGUGUCGAUGAUGCAGAUUUAUUUAACUUUAUAAGUCUCUGGUCUUGCUCUCAGUGACCAUUUCAGCUUUAACAUGUCUUGGUCUCAGUUAUAUUCUCAAACUCCUUACCAAGAAUCUUUGUUACGAUGUAAUAUUCAAGAAAAUUCAGUGUGGUACAUUUCGUGGUACCUCCUCUAUGCGGGAAGUUACCUCUCUUGCACCAUAUAAAUACUCCUUACCGUUGUUUUUGGAUGGCUUUUGAUAUAUUUUGCAAGUUCCCAAAUUUAAAUUCUCUCACUGGAUAAAUCAUCUGAUCUGUUACUGAUAAGCUAGUCUUUUGAAGUUAUUUAUUUUCUUCUCACUAAUUUUAUUUUGUUUUCACUAAGGACAAAGUGAGUGGGUGUAAUCAACCUUUGUAGUGAGAUAUGUACAAUGUGUCACGCAUAAAACCCUAAACACAUGAUUAGAACAUAAAGAGAUAUGUUAUAUUCCUUUACAAACUAUGUAUAAAUUUAAUAAUUCAGAUUUGAGAUUCCUACUCUGAUCCUUAUUUGUAUGGCAUUAAGAGAAUCCAAAAAGUAAAGCGUGAAACAAGAGAAGAAGGCACCUUUGCUUUUUUUCCGUGACCGUGAGGCAGCAACUCGCAUGCGCCUCUAACCUUACGAGUUAUGCUAUGUAUUUAAUUUAAGACUAUAAUUCACAAAAUAUACAAAAAAUUGCUUUCUUUCAAUUCAUAAACAUAUCUUAAAAUUAAAACAAAUAAAAAUAAUCAUAAAAACUGUUUUUUUUUUAACUUAGCUUUCAUAUAUGAAUGCAGGAGAAAAAGUUAUCAUAGGAUCAAAUUAUGCCCUUCUUUUUGUACAUUAAGUUAAAUCACUCAAGGAAAAAUACAAGUCCAUAGGCUUUGGUGUUUUAGGGCACAUCCAAGCCAAGUACAUUUAGCCUAAAUCAAAGAUCAUAACAGAGCCCUACAAGAACCUCAAGAUGGAGGAAUGAAGCCUAGAAGAGGAGCCAAUAGUUGAAAAUGGGGCAAGUAGGGUAACCAAGGUUCUAUAAAUCGGUAUAGAUGCCCGUCUAGGCUUAAACUCGUUCAUAUCCGUCUUAAAAUCCGAUUUAUUUGAUUCAAAUCGGUUUAAAUUAUUUUAAAUUGGUUAAAAUCAGUUUAAAUCGAUCUAAAUAGUCUAAAUCUGUUAAUAUUAAUCAAUAAUGUUAGUACAAAUUCACAAAAUAUCUAAUUUAUUUUGUUUCGUAUAUUUAAGUUUUAUAAUUCAUCAUAAUAAUUUUAUAAUUAAAUUCAAAAUUAAUAUAUCUUAUAUGAAUGUAUAAAAAAUAUAAAAUAAAUUAAUAAUUCGAUAAUGCCGAAACUGAAUUAUAUAUCUAAUUGCCAGUUUUUUAUAAAGCGUCUAAUUACCACCUAGUGAUUUCUUGAACAUUGGGCGUAACCGAAGAGUUUGGUCGUAGAACUCUGCCGGUGAAGGAUGGAGACAGAGAGUUGACAAAAAGCUCAUGCAAGCCACUUCUGGAAGAGAGAGCAGGAUUCUUGUCCCUAAAGCUGAGGAUGUGGUCCUUUAGAUGCCUGUCCAGGAAUCUCAAGAUUACAUCUACAUAGCGGAAAGUGUUACGAUGGAGGCGACCCUUUGGGACCCCUCGUGUGAUCCAGACAAUACUUUCCCAAGGUACCAAUACCACAACUCCUUGUCCAGUUAAAAUAGCAUAAUGUCCCGUUGACUACUUUGCAUAAGUCUUUCCAUCUAGUUCCCAUUCAUAAUAAUCAUCAAACUGUUGACAACUGGAUUGUAGUUAAGUACGCUUGAAGAUGCAAGUGUUUGUCAGAGCGAGCAUGAGAAAGAAUCCAAAUGGUUGUCUCUGAUGAGAGUUGAUAGUGUUGCAUCCUCUUGAAUCACACAAGAGAGAAGUUGGAGUCCAUAAAAACUGGUCGUUUAGUUAGACUUUUCUGUGACCUAAAAAUUAGUAUUUAUUAAAUCACAGAAAAUCCAGAGAAUAUAUUUAGCAGCUCCAUCCACCGUACGUAUCUCAUGAAAAAUCUGAAAAGUAUUUUAAGAACAUAAAACUGAAAAGUAAUAAAAACAAAGGAGAGAACAAGAUAUGGUGCUUGUAAAAGAAACUUUCUGUAACACUUUAGAACUUUUCAGCCACGUGGCCUUCUUUCAUUGGACAGUUAUUUUAAAUAAAUAAAAUUAUUAACUUUUGAAUUUUUAAGAACUUUACAUGGGUUAUCUUGAAUAUUAACUUGAUUUUCCUAAUGUGAAUUUUAUGGUAAAAUAGCAAAAAGGGUGAUAAUCGAAGACUCGAGUCAAAUGUCUGGUCUAGUCAAAGACGAUGAUGUGGCUGAGUAUACUACUCCACAAACUACGUAAAAGAAGUAAAGAAACUGUUUGACCAACAAAAAAAAGAAACUAAAUGAUAAGUAAAUUAAAUAUGUUUUGCGAGUCCUUAUUCCUAAGAAUGGCAAUAACAUUACUCAGACAUUUAUUGUUCCUCUUUUGUUUAGGCAACACAGUAAACGAUGUUAUGAUAUGUUUUCAUAUUUAGCCAGAGACGUCAGGUUUCUUGAGUCUAAGGUCAUUUCUUUGCAUAAGAGGAAACUUUGUCACCUGAGUACAGAGCCGCCUACACUAGGAAAUUUGAAACAUUCCCUUCUGUUAAAAUUUUAUAGGAAAUAUUAUAUAGUUUGUCCGUAAACAAAACGUUAUUGAUUGAUUCAUAUUAAUUCUUUACUAUUAUAACUUAGAUGUUAAUAGGACAAGUUAAUUAUAUCCUAUUAUUUUACAGUUAUAUCCUAAUAUGUUCAUCUUUUUUUUUCAUCUUCUUUUCUUCUAUCAUAAAACUUUGUUUUUCUUCAUAUUUUAAAUUUUUAUCUAAUAUUUUUUUUAUCUUAUUUGUUUAUUAAUAUAUUUUACAAUUUUGAAAUAAAAGUUCUGUAUAUAAGACUAAGUUUUAUAUUUAUCAGUUAAACAUGACAAUGAAAAAUCAUUCUACCCAAAUUUUAUUUCAAUUUUAAUUAAUUUUUAUAUAAGUUCAUCAUAAAACAAUUUGACUUAACAUAUUAUUUUUAUUCUGUUUAGGGCAUCAAAAAUUCUUCGCACGGCUCUGCCUGAGUAGUGUAAGUAAUGUGCACCAGCGGAACGAUGUUAAAGGGUUGUGAGGUUGAAGUGUGUUCUAAAAAGGAAGGGCUUGAAGUCGCUUGGUUCCGAGCUGUCUUAGAGGAGAACCCUACAAAAAAUCAACAGAACAAACUCCGUGUCCGCUACACGACUCGUCUAAACAACGACGGUUCCUCUCCCCUCACAGAAACUGUCGAGCAGAGAUCCAUCCGUUCGAUACCACCAAAGGAUCUUCAAAACAGCGUCGUUUUGGAGGAAGGUUCGGUGGUCGACGUGAAUUAUAAACAUGGGUGGUUGGUUGGUUUUAUCGUAAAGGAAAAAUCAGAGGGUGACAAGUUUUUGAUUUACUUGGAUUCACCACCGGACAUAUUCGAGUUUAAAAGAAACCAGUUGCGUGCUCAUCUUGACUGGACCGGUUCGAAAUGGAUCGUACCAGAAACCAAGGAACCGAAUAAGUCCAUGUUUCACCCCGGAGCAAUGGUGGAAGUCAGUUAUGUCGUCAGUGAUAAAAUGGAAUUUGCAUGGCUCCCAGCGUUGACGGUUUCAGUGGUUAAAGACGACGAUAAGAACAAAUUCCUUGUCAAGUACUUGAGUCAGAAGUUCAGCACCAGUGAUGAGCCAAUACAAAUACCGGUUGUUGAUGCACACCGUGUUAGACCCGCACCACCGCCUGCUUCUUCAACCGAAGAAUAUACGUUAUCGGAAACGGUAGAGGUGUGGCAUCGUCUUGCAUGGCAUCGAGGGUCAGUGAUGGGGAUUCGCUUUGAGAAUAUUUACUUUGUUAGUAUAGAGUUUACAAAAGAGGAACGUGAGUUUAAGCACUCGGAACUUCGACCCUUGAUGGUGUGGGAACAUGGGGUUUGGCGUAAAGGACCAAAGGUACAAAUGGCCGUAAAGGAGAAUACAAUUGGCACUUGUUCUGGUGCUAAGCCACUCACUAAAGCUAAUAAUGUGGCUGCCACUGGAGAAUCGAGUAAGAAGAAGGCUCAUGCUGUUAUGAAUGAUAAAACUCCUCAGGGCACAACCCCACCAGUAACAUCAACUGGAGAGUCUGUUUCACUUGUAACCCCAUCCCCAAUCAUAACUAUAACAUCACUGAUACAAACUAGAACUGGAGGAAAAAAAUCCUCUGAAAAUCCUCUUAAUAAAACUAGGAUUCAGAUUGGCUUGACAAAUGAUCCCACUCGAAGGAAGUUUGAUAUGAUUGUUUUUAAAAUUUACAUGCAGAUGCCUAAGGAGAAGAAUAUCGAAGCUACUAGUAGCAAAAGGCAAAGAGAACAAGUAGUACAACACUCGCACCUGAAUAAAACUGGUAUGUUUUGGUAUCUUUUUCUCUUGCUAAAAUCUUUUGUCUCCAAAGAUGGUGAUGUUGAUGCUCAGCCUUUCUUUACUUGGAUAGGAAAUGUAUGUGCUACUUUGGAAGAUAGGAUUAGGCAAAGCCUACAAAAGGGAAAACUUGUAAAGGAAACUCCAAAGAAACCAAUAAGGCGCUCUUCUUUUGGUGAUAAGCCUAUGAAUCCACAUGACAAUGGCCAAAUACUCACUCGAGCUGCCAACGGAGGAUUGAAAAAUAAGAGGGCUAAUUCUAUGGUGAAUGAUAAAGCUCCUCGGGUCAUAACAUCAAUAGCUGGGACUAGCAAUGGUUCAAAUGUUGUACAGCCUCUCUCUGCUUGGAUAAUGGGUUUGCCUUUUGCAAAGACGUUACCAUUUUGGAAGACGUAUGAAUCAGCCGGUUUCGAAUGUUUUCCACAACGACCUCACUUCAUCCCAUUGCGUAAAGAUAAAGAGAAUCUCCGUGAGUUGUCGGCGGUUGGUAUGAUAGUCACCUUUUACGGGUUACUAGACGAAGUAAAAGCUCUGAAGCUGGAUGAUCCCAUGAGCAAGCUCAAGGAUCUCAGUGUGAAAUUUGCCACACUAGAAAAGCAUGGUUUCAACAUUAAAUCUCCUCAAGGUAUAAUAAACAAAUUGUUGUCUCUUAAAGAUGUGCGAGCUAAGAAAGUUGAGAAACAACAACGUUUUGAGAACAACAUUGAAAAAGAAGAAAUAGAAAGUCGCAAGUUACAAUAUAAGAGGGCUGGGCUGAAGCGCAAGAUAUGUGAGCUGCAGACACAAUCUGAAGUUGCGAAAGUGAAGAUGGAAGCCGCUGAGGAAAAUAUAGCAGCUAUGAAGUCACAUACGAAAAAGAUUGGUCGAGAAAUUGAAAAUGUGGCGCUUGAGUUUCAAAAAGUUGUAUCCGCUUCAUGGUAAUUAGUUAAUACUAACAUCUCCUUCCUUUGGUAAAUGAAACUAAAAGAGUUGUCUGUGAUUGUUGGAUAUUAUGUUUGGGUGUUUAAGGUUAACUACCCUUUGUCGAUGAUGCUGUUUUGUUUAAUUUUAUAAGUCAUUUCACUACAAGAAAACAUAGUCAUUUCUGACGGAAUUUCUGAUGGAAUAAAUAUUCGUCGGACAUUUCUGACAAAAUUCUGACGGAUUUACGAGAAAUAUGAAAAUUUACCAUUCGUCGGUAUUUCGUCGGAAAUAUCCUAGGAAUUUCCGAUGAAAUAUCAUUCGUCAUAAAUAAUCGAUAAAAUACCGACGAGCCCCAAGGAAGAUUAAACUAUUUAGGGUAUAGAUUUGGGGUUUAUGCUUUCAUCGGAAAUUCAUCAGAAAUUUCUGACGAAAUUCCGACGAAAUGAAAAAAUUCCGUAGGAAAUUCGUCAAAAUGUUCCGACAAAUUUUUGACGAAACUAUUCCUAGGAAAUUCCCAACGAACUUCCAACGGAUUGCAUAACAUUCGUAGGAUAUUCAUCAUAGCUUUCCGACGAAUUUUCGACGGAUUGCACAACAUUCGUAGGAUAUUCGUCACAAAUUUCCGACGACUUUCCGACGAACUUGAGUUUUAGAUAUGAAAUAUUCAAAAUAAAUGUUAAGCCGGAUAUAUUAAGUGAUAAAUAUGAUGUGGGUUAAUAAUACUUCAAUUAUUUAAGCUAUAUAUAUAUAUAUAUAUAUAUACUCUUGCGAAUGAUGCAUCGACAUAUACAUAAUAUUUCUCGUUAACACUUAUACACUUAAGCACAUACUUUCCAGUGAUCCAUCUUAUAAUAUUUAAUUUGUGUUUUUUCAAGUGUUUUUAAACAUUAUGAAGAUUUUAAACCCCUAAAGGUCAUCAAUUUAUUAUCAAUGGCUAUUAUCGUUCUAUUUUUUAUAUGUUUCGAACCCCCAAUACGUAAUUCAUCGGAAAUUCGUAGGAACUUUCUGACGAAUUUAUGACAAAUUUCCGACGAAUGUGUUUCUGAUGAAUUGCUGACGAAAAAGAUAUAUUCCGAUGAUUUUCCGACGAACAUGGUAUAUUCGUCGGAAAAUAAAAUUUGCCCGGGAAAAAGCCCGCCUAUUUUUUUGCGAAGAACCAAAAUAAAAAAUUCCAACGGAUUUCCGACGAACACUUUCCAUCAGAAGUUUUUAAUAUAAAAGCGUAAACCCCUUCUUCUUCCCCAUUUCUCUUCUCACUCUAAACACACACAAAUUCUCUCAGAUUUUCUCUCUCUAAUCCGGCGAUUCUAAGUCUUAAACUCCUAAAAUCUACCUCACAAAUUAUGUAAGUCAUCUCUUUCCUUUUCUCAUUUGACUUAUGUUACUUUUUGAUUGUGAAAUUGUGAAUUUUAGGUUUUAAAUGCUGGAUUUAUGUUAGGAUGAAGAAUUUUAUGAAUUAUAUGUUAGAUUUUGUUACUAGGUUGUGGUUUAGAUAGGUUUUGAUUGUGAUUUUGUGGUUUGUUUAUUUAAUUUGUUGUUUUAUGAAAUUUAAAAUGUUUUUAUUAUUUUAUAAAAUGUUUUUCAAAAUUUUAAAACCUUUUUGGAAUUUUUAUAAUUUUCGAAAAUUUUAUGUAAAUAUAUAUAUAUAUAUAUAUGUAUAUAUAAUUUUCAAGUUUUUAUUAUUGUUGUUGUUUUAAAACAUUUUUUUUUA